AUGUAUGGCCAGCCGCAAGCGUACGCACAGCCCGUUCAGCCGGACCCCCUGUACGCCGCAGCUUCUGAUCUUCUCGGGCUUCCACCUGGUGCGCAACCGGCUCGAAUGCCCGGCAUCCCCGGAGGGAGCCAGUACAGCGGUAACAGCGCGCAAAGCUCGAACUCUUCAACAUUGGCCGUCCCUUCUGCUGGGCUUCCGCUUCCGCGCGCCCCUUCUCCUGGGCUGCAACGCGGCCCAACAACAGGCGGCGCGACAGGAUUACAGCGUUCGACUACUUCGGCAUCCUCCAUUACCACCCUCAACACACGGAAGACGAAGGCGAUUGACCUCAACCAGCCACCUUUCACGAGAGAAUACAUCGAGCAGUACCGCGCACGGAUCAAGGUCGAUCCCGACCCGGAGGCGCACUUCCAGUUUGCCAAGUACCUUAUCGAGGCCGCAAAGAAGGUUGGGGCACACGCGCCCGACCAGAAGGCGGUACUCAGAUACCGUACUGGACUCAUCAGCGAGGCAUUGAAAGUGAUCAAGAAACUCGCUACGAGUGCCGACCCCCUGCCAGAUGCGCAGUUCUUCCUUGCCACUUGUUACGGUACGGGUAUGCUUGGUCUGCAGAUUGACCACGAGAAAUCCUACCAGUUCUACGUCGCUGCCGCCAAGCUCAGACAUCCAGCUGCGUCGUACCGUGUGGCGGUGUGCAACGAACUAGGUGCUGGAACGAAGAGAGACCUCAGCCGAGCUGUUGCGUUCUAUCGCCAAGCCGCGAGUCUUGGUGACACACCGGCGAUGUACAAACUCGGUAUGGUUCUUCUUACGCCUAGUUUGGGACAGAAGAAGGACGAGAAGGAGGCUGUCAAGUGGCUCCGGCGAGCAGCGGAACAAGCGGAUGAGGAAAAUCCGCAUGGUCUGCAUGAACUUGGCUUGUUGCACGAGACGGGUGAAUGCAGCAUCGUGCCCAAGGACGAGGCGUGUGCGAGGGAGUUGUUCACUCGUGGUGGUAAUCUGGGAUACACGAAGUCUUGCCUCAAAUUGGGUGCCUGUUACGAAUAUGGGGCGUUGACCUGUCCAGUGGAUCCCAAGCGUUCGAUUGCCUGGUACACUCGGGCAGCUGAGAAGAACGAUCCGGAAGCGGAACUGGCUCUUAGUGGAUGGUACUUGACUGGAUGUGAAAGUGUGCUCAAGCAGAGCGACCAUGAGGCUUACCUCUGGGCAAGAAGGGCGGCAAACAAAGGAUUGCCGAAGGCUGAAUAUGCUGUCGGAUACUAUGCAGAGGUUGGUAUUGGCAUCAAGCCGGAUAUCGAGUUUGCGAAGAAAUGGUACUUGCGUGCUGCGGCUCAAGGUCACCAACGGUCGAAAGAGCGUCUCACACAACUGAAGAUGGCAAGCAGCAAACGCCUUGGUCUUACUCGGCCUACACGACAGCAGGCGAAGGACGAGUGCGUCAUCAUGUAG